AUGGUUCUGCAAGUUCCCCUGUUCAAGCUCCAAUGUGGAGUGAAUUCCUACGAAUGGGGAAAGAAGGGAGAAGACUCGGCAGCUGCGCGCUUUGCUGCCACAACACCAGCUGAAGGCUUCAGCGUUGAGGCAGAGAAGCCUUACGCAGAGGUGAGCUUCAUAAUAGUACCAGCCAUCAAAAUCGCACAAUUGACUUAUACUUUGCAGCUGUGGAUGGGCACUCACCCUUCAAACCCGUCAAAAGACCUACAGUCUGGUCGCACCCUCCUCGACCUCGUCCAAGACAACCAGCAACUCCUCUCUGCGCCCAUAGCCUCCAAAUACGGCUCCAAGCUUCCCUUCCUCUUUAAGGUUCUAUCAAUCAACAAAGCCCUCUCGAUACAGGCCCACCCCAACAAGAAGCUCGCCGAACAGCUACACGCCCGCGACCCCAAGAACUACCCUGAUGACAACCAUAAGCCCGAGAUGGCAAUCGCCAUCACUCCUUUCGAGGGCCUCUGCGGAUUCCGCCCUCUCGCCGAGAUCUCACACUUCCUUGCGACAGUCCCUCCCCUGAAGAGCCUGGUCGUCGAUGACAAGGCCGACGAGUUCAUCAAUACGAUCAAGGGAGAGGAGGAGAGCGAGAAUCCCGAGACCAAGGACCGGAAUAAGAAGGCUUUGCAGCAUGCCUUUGCCUCUCUGCUGUCCGCCACGCCGGAAGAGAUUAAGAAGCAGGCGGAGAAGCUCGUCUCCCUCGCCAAGUCAGAAGGCAGCAACUUCGCCGGCGGCGGCGUAUCCACAACAGAUGGCGAGACCCUCUCGGAGCUCAUUAUCCGUAAUCACGCAGAAUUUGGCGCAGAUGUCGGUCUCUUCGUCCUCUUCUUCUUGAACUAUGUCAAGAUGGAGCCUGGCGAGGCCAUGUUCCUGGUUGCUGACGACAUUCACGCCUACCUCUCUGGCGACAUUAUCGAAUGCAUGGCCGCCUCAGACAACGUCGUCCGCGCUGGGUUCACCCCCAAGUUCAAGGAUGUUCCAACCCUCGUCGACAUGCUCACCUACAAUUACGCCCCGAUUGACGAGCAGAAGAUGUCCCCCUCCGAGUACCCCUACGCCACCCUCAACCGCACCGCCUACAGCUCCGGUUCCGCAGUCAUCUUGUACGACCCGCCGAUUGAGGAGUUCAGCGUCGUCCGGUCGUUGUUGAACGGUGACGGCUCCAAGGUCACGUUCGAGCCCAUCGAGGGCCCCAGUAUCGUCAUCUGCACAUCGGGCAAGGGCACCAUCGCUGUCGGCCCGACGGUGCAGAAGAUCAGCGAGGGCAACGUCUUCUUUGUCGGAUCGACGGCGGAGUUGGUGCUGCAGUCCGAGGGCGAUGACGAGGACGAGUUCGUCACGUUCAAGGCGUUUUGCGAGAUUGACGAAAAGGUGGAGGAAAAGUUAUGA